CGGCCCGGGGGUGGGGAGGCCGCUGCCUCCCUGGGCCUGCCGGGCCGGCCGCCUCCGCGAUGCCGCUGCUCGUGGACGGGCGGCGAGUGCGGCUGCCGCAGUCCGCCGGGGACCUGGUCCGAGCCCACCCGCUUCUGGAGGAAAGAGCCAGACUUCUCAGAGGUCAGUCUGUUCAACAAGUGGGACCCCAGGGCCUUCUCUAUGUUCAGCAAAGAGAGCUUGCAGUGACCUCCCCAAAGGAUGGCUCCAUCUCCAUUCUGGGUUCUGAUGAUGCCACCACUUGUCACAUUGUGGUCCUGAGGCACACAGGUAAUGGGGCUACCUGCUUGACCCACUGUGACGGAAGCGACACCAAAGCUGAGGUCCCCUUGAUCAUGAACGCCAUAAAAUCCUUUUCUGACCACACUCGAUGUGGAAGGCUGGAAGCGCACCUCGUGGGAGGCUUCAAUGACGACAGGCAGUUGUCACAGAAACUGACUCAUCAGCUCCUUAGUGAAUUUGACAGACAAGAAGACGACAUUCAUUUGGUGACACUGUGUGUGACAGAAUUAAAUGACCGGGAGGAAAAUGAAAGCCACUUCCCAGUAAUUUACGGCAUUGCUGUCAAUGUCAAAACUGCGGAGAUCUACAGAGCCUCCUUCCAAGACCGAGGUCCGGAGGAGGAGCUGCGGGCCGCCCGAGCUUUAACAGGAGGACCAAUGAUUAGCAUUUACGAUGCAAAAACAGAGCAACUUCGUAUAGGACCGUAUUCCUGGACACCGUUUCCCCACGUGGAUUUCUGGUUGCAGCAAGAGGAUAAGCAGAUACUAGAGAACCUUUCCACGUCACCGCUGGCUGAGCCCCCCCACUUUGUUGAACAUAUUAGAUCUACCUUGAUGUUUUUAAAGAAACACCCUUCUCCAGCUAACACACUGUUUCCUGGGAACAAGGCUCUACUCUACAAAAAAAAUGAAGAUGGCUUAUGGGAAAAGAUCUCUUCCCCCGGAAGCUAAAAAUAGGAAUUACCAAAGAAAGCACCUCUCUGACACAACAAAAGACCACUGGCGGAGGCAGGGAAGAAUGUGAACUUGGAAUCUUUAUCUGUUGAGUCUUAGGUAUCUCUCCUUACUCAGUGUUUUUCAGAUGACUUUAAAAUAAAAUCUUAUUUUGGCAAAGGCA